CGGCGCGAUGAGGUGCCUCCGGCUUGCCCUAAUCAUUUUCGGCCUCUUCUUGUUUACCGGAAGAUUGGUCCACGGCCAAAACAACUCACCACCAGUACGACCUACUUCUACCAAGUCGAGGCCAGUCAAUCUCUUAAUCAUCAAUGACGAAGAAAAUGAUGUGGCCAACAAAAGUGUCACCAGCGCUUUGAAUAUGCUAAAGGAUAAGUAUCCUGAUUAUUUGGGAGAAAUCUACAUUGUUCUCAUAAACAAUUCGGAUGCUGAAAGUACAUUUAAUCGUGUUUGCGGAACCUGGAAUAUGACCCUUUUAGGAGGAAGAUCUGGAUCUAAAAUUCCAGAUUUAGUUCUUGAUAUCACAAAGUCUGGAAUGGCAACUGAAACUGUUAACGCAAUCACUGCCGCACUUGGUUUACCGACCGUCUCUGGGGAAUUCGGUCAAAAGGGAGAUCUACGACGAUGGAGAGAAUUGACAGACGAUCAAAAAGGAUAUUUAAUUCAAGUAAUGCCACCAGCGGAUCUCGUGCCAGAAAUUAUCAGACAAUUGUGUCUAAGAACGAUAAAUAAUCGAGCUUUAGAUAAUAAAUCAAUAGACAAUGCAAUGAUCCUGUUUAAUAGCGAUUUCAUAAUGGACCAUAAGUACAAGAGUCUUCUUCUUAAUGUUCCAACGCGUCACGUGAUGGUGGAUAUUGAAAGUGAUGUGGACAAGGCACGCGAGCAAAUAAUACGUCUACGCGAUUUGGACAUUGUGCACUUCUUUAUUUUAGGCAAUCAGGAAACAAUUUGCAUGGCUAUGAAAAUUGCUGAAUCACAAAAUUAUACAGGACGAUUUUAUGCAUGGUAUAUGAUAACUCUCGAUGAAUUUAUGCCAUCCUGUGAGGUCAACAAUAUCACGAUAAUGUUCAUCAAACCGGAAUUUCUCAAUAAACCACAAUUGUCCGAACUCACUUCGAAAGGACUUCUACCUAAGCCGUUGAUAAGCUCCGCCUUUUACUAUGAUUUGACACGAAUCGCCGUUAUGGGAAUGAAAGCGGCCAUCGAUGCUGGCGAAUGGCCUGCUGUACGAGAGCAAAUCAUCUGCGAAGAAUUUAAUGGCAGCAAUGUACCGAAGAGAAACUUGAAUCUUUUACCAAAAUUAAAGGCAGUGACCGAGAGUAAAAGUUUCACUUCGACCUAUGCAAACUUUGUUUGGGGCGAAGAGAACGGUGACCAUAAAACGGAAUUCAACAUGACCGUCAACAUUGUAAAUAUCUACAAUAAAAUUGUCGUAUCUGACGAGCCAGUUGCCACGUGGCCGGCCAAUAUCGAUGAGUCCUUGAAGGUAAUAAACGAGGGCCUAAUGGCGGGUUUUACGCCACCGAAAAGUUACCGUGUGGUUACGGUCAUUCAAAAACCAUUUGUGAUGUACGAUAAUGUGUCAAGAUCAUGGAAGGGCUACUGCAUUGAUCUACUUGAUUAUAUACGUGAAACGGUACCAUUUAAUUAUACAAUUGAAGAAGUUGCCGACAAGGAAUAUGGAAAUAUGGAUGAGAAUGGCAAUUGGAAUGGAAUGAUAAAGGAAUUAAAGGAUGGAAAAGCUGAUAUUGCACUUGGUACAUUGGCAGUUAUGGCUGAACGUGAAAAUGUUGUUGAUUACACUGUGCCUUAUUAUGAUCUCGUUGGUAUUACGAUUUUAAUGCAAAAACCAAAAUUAAAAUCAUCACUAUUUAAAUUUUUAACCGUAUUGGAAACCGACGUUUGGUUAUGCAUUCUAGCUGCUUAUUUUUUCACGAGCUUUUUACUUUGGAUUUUCGAUAGAUUCUCACCUUACAGUUAUCAAAAUAAUCGAGAAAAAUAUAAGAAUAGCUUGGAGAAGAGGGAAUUUACGCUAAAGGAAUGCCUUUGGUUUUGCAUGACAUCAUUGACACCGCAAGGCGGUGGUGAAGCGCCGAAGAAUCUUUCUGGAAGACUUGUCGCCGCAACUUGGUGGCUCUUUGGAUUUAUCAUUAUUGCAUCGUAUACGGCGAAUUUGGCUGCGUUUCUCACUGUCUCAAGAUUGGAGGUUCCUAUUGAAUCGCUCGAGCAACUUGCAUCACAGUAUAAGGUUCAGUAUUCGGUCAUUGAAAAUUCCGGCGCCUACACGUAUUUUGAGAGGAUGUCAAACAUUGAGGAUAAAUUUUAUCACAUCUGGAAGGACAUGAGUUUGAAUGACAGUCUCAGCGAUUUGGAGAGAGCGAAACUUGCCGUUUGGGAUUAUCCUGUGAGCGAUAAGUACACAAAAAUGUUUCAAUCAAUGAAGGAAGCUAAAUUUCCGAAAUCCCUUGAAGAAGCUGUUAAUCGAGUGAGAAAAGUAAAUACGACUAAUGAAUUCGCUUUAAUUGGAGACGCCACUGACAUUAAAUAUUUGACGAUAACAAAUUGCGAUUUGAAACAAGUUGGCGAGGAAUUCUCGAGAAAACCAUACGCUAUUGCCGUUAAACAAGGAUCACCUCUGAAGGAUCAAUUUAACAAUGCAAUUUUGGUACUGCUGAACAAGAGAAAAUUGGAGAAGCUAAAGGACAAAUGGUGGAAUCGAAAUGAAGAGAAAAAGGUUUGCGGUCGGGACACGGACAGAAAUGAUGGAAUCAGCAUUCAAAAUAUUGGCGGCGUAUUCAUUGUGAUUUUCGUAGGCAUUGCAUUGGCUUGUCUCACAUUGGUGAUUGAAUUCUAUUAUUAUCGAUGUCGUCCCAAGGCAAGAAAGACACAGAAUAUGGAUGUUGCGGAGGAAGUUGCUGCCGCUCAUGUUAACGAUGCCAGUACAAAAAUCAAGUCACUCGAACCAAACGUGAAGCCAAUCGCUUUUACCUUGCGGCCAGCUCCCACGCAGGCUUUGCAUCUUCAAACUCGAUACAGAUCGAGAUUUUAAUUCAAAAUCGCGGUUUUCUAUAUUCACGAGAGAGAGAGAGAGAAAGAAAGAGCAUAACGAAAUGAAAACAAACCAAAAAGUAUUUUUAAAAAAAUUCUCGUUAUCUAUGAAAGCCGAUACUUCACGCUUUCAGCAACCCUCAAAUCCUAUCAGAUCGAAUAUCAUGAUUGAUUAUCGACUUUAGAUUGAGAUUCAAAAAAUAUAUAGAGAACGUAACUCAUUUUUUUUGUCUUACGAGUUACACUCAUCAAUCUUGGAUCAAUCAUUAAAUCUUGAGGAAAUUCCCAUUAAGAGCCACUCGUCUGUUUGGAAAAUUAAAUUCAAAUUUCUGCAACUUGGAAAAAUUCUCUCACGAGGCAAGUUUUUUCUUUUUGCAGAGUUAGAAACAUCCUUGUAGUUUAAGAUAUUCUUUUUAAAUAUUCUUUUUAAAUGAAAAAUAUUUUCCGACGGAUUUUAGAAACAAAAAUUGUAUAUUAAAAAUCGUAAAAAAUGACAAAACUUUUAUUAUCUCUCUGGAAGAGCAAAAAACUUGAAAAACUAGAAGCAAUAAUCAGAAUUCAAGCGACACAAGUUACGAAAAAUGUUCCGUCGUGUCAAACGAAUAUUUAUUUUCAUUUUUUUUUUUCCAAAAAGAAAUAUUGACAAUCACUUUUUCCGUAAAAUCUGUUUUGCAAUUUAAAUACGAAAU